CUUAUGAAAAAACUGGUUUAGCAACCAACCUUAAUAGCUUCAAAAUACAAUUUUGAAUAAAGGCAAGCUGGUAUAGGCAGACUCUAAAAUGUUGAGCAUAAGUGAAGCUCUUGUGGCAGUGGCUGUAUUUCUUCUAAUUACGCAGUUUUUCAAGUUGCAGCGAGUGCGGAGACGGUUUCCUCCUGGACCAGUCCCUCUCCCAGUCCUUGGGACACUGAUACAGCUGAACUUUCAGUUUAAUCGUGAUCUUCUCAUGCAGCUGGCAAAAAUUCAUGGCAACAUCUUCACUUUAUGGUUUGGAUGGGCCCCAGUGGUUAUACUGAAUGGAUUUCAAGCAGUGAAGGAUGGUAUGACCACACACCCUGAAGAUGUUUCUGGCAGGCUGGUGUCCCCUUUCUUCAGAGCAAUGGCCAAAGGAAAAGGAAUUAUGUUGGCAACUGGCCACACCUGGAAACAGCAGAGGAGGUUUGCUCUGAGGACUUUACGCAACCUUGGUCUGGGGAAAAGAGGUCUGGAGUACCGAGUGCAAGAAGAAGCUCACUACCUGGUAGACUUCUUUGCAAGUAUGAAAGGGAAACCUGUGAAUCCUGCUUUCCCUCUUGUCCAUUCUGUCUCCAAUGUAAUUUGUGCUGUUGUGUUUGGACAUCGUUUCUCCAGAGAGGAUGAGGCCUUCCAUGAUCUGAUCAAAGCUACAGAACAUCUCUUCAAGUUUGGGGGCAGCUUUAUUCAUCAUCUCUAUGAAAUCUUCCCCUGGCUGAUGAGCCGCCUCCCUGGGCCUCACAAGAAGGCCUUGGCUUGUUAUGAUGUCCUGAGCAACUUUACACGGAGAGAGAUCCGAAUGCACACAGAGCGUGGGGCACCAGAGGAGCUGCAGGAUUUCAUUGACUUCUACCUGGAUCACAUUGAAAAAUCCAAAGAUGAACCCAGGUCAACAUACAAUGAAGACAACAUGGUUUAUUCUAUAAAUGACCUUUUCUUGGGUGGAUCAGAGACAUCAAGCACUACAUUGAACUGGGGCCUUCUCUAUAUGGUCGCAAAUCCAGACAUCCAAGAGAAAGUGCAGAAGGAGCUGGAUGCUGUUCUGGGUCCCUCCAAGGUAAUCUUCUACGAGGAUCGGAGAGAGCUGCCCUACACCAACGCUGUGAUUCAUGAGAUCCAACGCUUCAGCAACAUCAUUUCAGUGGGCAUGCCCAGGGUGUGUGUGAGGGACACAACCUUGCUUGGCUUUCCCCUCAAAAAGGGCACCAUAGUUCUUCCAAAUAUUGCUUCAUCUUUGUAUGACCCAGAGCAGUGGGAAACACCUCGACAGUUCAACCCUGGGCACUUCUUGGAUAAGGAUGGAAACUUUGUGGCCCAAGAAGCCUUUUUACCGUUCUCAAUAGGGCACCGGGUGUGUUUGGGGGAGCACCUGGCCAGGACCGAGCUGUUCAUUUUCUUUGCCAGCCUGCUGCGGGCGUUCACCUUCCGCCUGCCCGAGGGAGUGAGCCGGGUCAGCACGGAGCCCGUCAUGGGGGGCACUCUGCAGCCCCAGCCCUACAGGCUCUGUGCCAUCCCACGCUAGACUGGACAUGGGCAGGGUCACAGACCUGCUAGGAAACAUCUUUCUGAUUUUUCUGAAUGUAUUUCUUGAGACCAUAUAAUGCUUUUUGUAUUGGAUUUGAAUUUCUAGUUCAAAAGCCCCUUUUGUCUACAGUAGGUAAUUUUAUUUAGACCCUGUUACCUGCUCAUGAAGGUGAUCUUUUUUUGUGGUAAAAAUUCUUUUGAUCUAUAAGACCCCAUCAUUCUCAGCCAUAAAGGCAUCUUGAAGUUGCUGUCUGGCCUGGCAAGUACAAAUCUGUGAGCAAAUGACAAAACUGACUGCCAGACACCAAAAAUUAAUUCAUUGUUUCUGAUAAUGAAUUAAUUCAUUAUACCAUUUCCAAAAGCAAACUGGGAAAACAUACCUGGAAAAUUCUGCCUCUUGAUGUCACUAUCAUCAAUAGCAACAUUUCAGUCAACUUUUU